GGGUUUAACGGUGAGCUGAACACCAAUCAGAAAGCUAAAAAUACAAAGAUAUCCAGUGAGAAAACCAAUGAGAAUGAAGUAGGCGGAGGGCUCAUGGCUCAGCAGCGAAAGUCGUUUGAAAAGCCUGUCAUUUUGGCUCCAGUGUAACGGCCUGUUUCUAUCCACCGCUAUUUCAACUGAGAGCCAAUAUGGCGACUAAGGCGCGUUGGUUUCCAGCUUCGUCCUAUUGGCCAGUACGUGGGGCCCGAGCGUGAUCGCUCGCUACAUUUGAUAAUCGCUUUUUUUUAACGAGUUGUUUUUCUUUGCUCGGAUGGAGCUGCCUUGCAGAGAUUUGGGGAUUUUUUUUCCCUAUACUUAUUUGCUUUUCAUUCCUUUCUUACAAAACAUGCAUUGCAUGCAUAAACCACAGCUUUGUACACCCGUCAAUUUAUAAACAAAUUAUCCAAUUAUUUUGCAUACUGUUAUGUUAGCUAUUAAAAUAAAAUCUUACAAAUGUAACCACUGCAAGCUCACAAAAACAACAUGCGCAAACGUCCAAGCAUUAUUUCAAAACAACAAUGCCGAUACUCUGAAAAUUAAAAACGUAGAGAUCCAGAGGCAGGACACCCAAAAGACAAAUGAUUGGUUUCUCAAAAAAGUAGGCGGCAGUGUAAAUUGCUUUUCGGCGAACGUACUUGAAAAGCCUCUCAUUUUGGCUCGAAUGUAACAGAUUUUUUUCCAUUCAGCACUAUUCAGCCGAGAGCCAACAUGGCGACAGAAUCGCGUCAGAUUCUAGCCUUUUCCCAUUGGUCAGUAGGCGGGGCCAGAGCAGCAACACUAGCCAGCUGAUCGCUUCUUUUCUAGCGCUAGAGUUGGUUUUUCUUAGUUCGGAGGGAGCUGCUUUGCAGAGAUUGGGGACUUUGCUGUUAUUUUUUAAUUGUUUGUUUUCCACAUCUUGCUUAUAAACAUCCGAGAAUUGCUUUAAAGUUUAUUCCAUACGACAACAACUUAGGGCAGCCUGUAGUUUUUCAUUUUCAGCUCAUAUAGUCAUUUGUAAUUAAGUUUGACGUUAUUCAAUUGCUCCUAAUUUCAAAACGUCUGCAUGAAAAGUUUCAUGGGAAGGAAAACGAUAGAGCGUUGUGGAUAAGUCGACGUGAUAACGAGCAUCCCGUCGAUAUGUUGUUUUUACUGGAAAACCAGGUCAGUGUCAGUGUUUGGACGGACUCAUCCUCCGCCGAACUGAUCCAGGCUGCGGUUCCCCCGUCUGUGCAGCUCGGUCUCACGGUUCUCUACACGGUUUUGUAUUCGCUGCUCUUCGUGUUUGUUUACCUGCAGCUCUGGUUGAUUCUGCACUACGGACACAAGCGCUUCAGCUACCAGAGUGUUUUUCUCUUUCUGUGUUUGCUCUGGUCGGCUUUGAGGACGACACUAUUCUCUUUCUACUUUAAAAAUGUUGUUCAAGCAAACCAGCUUCAGCCUUUGCCGUUCUGGCUCCUGUAUUGUUUUCCAGUCUGCCUGCAGUUCUUCACUCUGUGUCUGCUCAACCUUUAUUUUGCUCAGGUGAUUUUCAAAGCCAAAGCUAAAUAUUCACCGGAACUCAAUAAGUACAAGGUGCCCCUGCGUCUAGGAUUUCUGCUGGCCAGUGUUUUUUUCCUGGUGGUGAACGUGACGUGUGCCAUGCUGGUUCAGGGAGAUGUGGGUGAGAGUCAGGUGAAGGAUGCCGUUCUGGCACGAGUGCUGGUUAACGACAGCCUCUUUGUGCUCUGUGCGAUCUCACUCGCCAUCUGCAUCUUCAAGAUCGCUAAAAUGUCUUCUGCCAAUGUCUACCUGGAGUCAAAGGGGACAUCAGUAUGCCAGGCCACAGCCAUUGGGGCAGCAGUUAUCCUCCUCUACACCUCCAGAGCCUGUUAUAACCUGGUUGUGGUGGCUCUUUCUCCUGAAGAUCGGCCCAGCCCGUUUAAUUAUGGCUGGUACAAUGUAUCUGACCAGGCGGAUGCAGAGAAGAUCAAUGGGGAAGCCUAUGUGGUCUUUGGGAUCAUCCUGUUCUUCUGGGAGCUGCUGCCCACCAGUCUGGUGGUGGUGUUCUUCAGAGUGCAGCGGCCCAAUCAGAACCUGACACCGGGUGGCAUGAUCAACAGUCACAGCUUUAGUUCCAGGGCGUAUUUCUUUGACAACCCACGCCGCUAUGAUAGUGAUGAUGAUCUGUCUAGAAACACAACUUCCCGAGGAGAUAGAUGCAGCAGUAUCCUGUCGUCCACACCGCAGACGGGCCCAAGUUGGUACGGCUCGAUCCAGAGGAACGGCAGCCUAACGGCAAUCCCUCACCUGCUGAACGGCCCCCGAACAUCAACCGCCCCUCUUCUCUUUGCCUACGACAACAUUCAGACCAACCAGCACCACAAUUACUAUUCCACCCCCCAGAACUACUACUCGACCUCCCAAACACACUACGCCACCCCUCAGAACUAAAGCAGAUCCUUCUGUGGAACGAUCUAGUCUGAGGUUUGGCUCAGCCAGGACAUCGAGCAAUGCUUUAUGGUCGUCUUCCCCCUCAAGUCAAUUUAUCUGCCCACAUUGAUGCGGCAGGAAUUUAAAGGGACCAUAAGGUGAUGGGGGGGAGGUUUAUUUGGACCAGCUUUUCCGAUGUUCUCAUUUCUGAAAACCAUCCAUCCCAUCAUCCAACAUUGGUGCAAUGAACUCCUCAGAGCCUUAAGCACAUGGACUCCCCUCUGUGAGUUGGGAUGUGCUUUUUGCACUUAUUGUGGGCCUGUAUUUCAUAUUUGGAUCAGUUGGAGUAGUUGUAGGCCAGAAUGUGGUGUUGGUGGUGGCGAGAUUUUUCCAUUUUUGGAGAGUACGCUUUUUAUAUUCCAUCAUCAGAGCACGAACGCCUAGUCCAUCCGAGACGAUCAAGUGAAAGCAUUCUGGAUCUGUCAGUACUAGGAUCCAACGUGCACUGAUGUUAACAUGUGACUCUUUCUUGAAUUCCUUUAUUGCGUUGCCAAGGAGCCCGUGCUUAAAUCCAAGGUAGUACAUUUCCACGCUUCCCAAAGACAAAGACACCCGGUUCCUACAAUCCCAGAACCGUCGACUGAGAUAUAGUGUGAUAAGUGUGACGAGGAAGACUAACUCUACUUACAUCCUCUAAUAUUUUGGUACUUGGCUUUUGAAGGACAUUUUGGGCUUAUA